UAAAACGGGAGAACUUCAACAAAAAAAAAUUGAAUGUGAUGGUGAUGGUUGUGAGAUGUGAGAACGUGAAUUAAAAAUAAUUGUUAUAAUCCAAUAGUUGAAAAUAUUCAAUAAUGUCUCGUUUACAAGCAUGCAGAGUAUGCUUGGCACAUCAUAGCCGUAUGUAUUCAAUAUUGAAUGGGCCACUUCAACAGAUUUAUGAAUAUAUCACUGAAAUUCCGCUUGUAAUGGGUGACAUAUGGCCGACAUGCAUAUGCUACAUUUGCUACCAUAUGAUGAGAAAAUUCAAAAAGUUUAUAGAUAAAUCACUAAAGGCGAACGAGCUCCUGUUGCAACUCAUCAGUUCCGAGUCUGAGGUCACCACAGACACACUAAAUAUGAUUGUGAAGCGACAACCUGAUAUCGCCUGGAACUAUAGUGUGUCACCGAUGGAGAGUAUUAUGCUUGUAGACCCAGAAGAGGUUAAUCUGGAGGCUACUUUCAAGGUUGAGAAAGUGAAGUCUGAAUCGGACUUAGAGGAGAUGCAGGAUCAAAGUGAAACAGGAGCAGACCUGAUCAAUGAACAGGACAAGGAAAUCCAAGUUGAUUCUCCAACAGCGUCAACAACAACCGAAGAAACCACAGAAACAGGAAACGAUGCCCAAAAUAUUGAUGUCAAGAGAAUUACAGAAUACAAAAAUAACGACAGUCUUUGUAAACCAAAUAUUUUCACAAAAUAUAGUUACGAAAACAAAAAUAUGGUGAAGAACAAACAUGAUAAAGUAAGAAAUCAUAGAGACACUUUUAUAUGUGAUAUCUGUAAAAAUAUUUUUAUUUGUAAAAACAAAUUAUUAAGUCAUAUUAGUAAAUCACAUAUUGAACUUACGGCCAUAACUAACCAAAGUUAUACUAUAAGUAAUGAAAUAAACUUAAUUAAUAAAAACAACUUAGAGAACAAUAUUGGUUCUGCAAUGAUAAGCAACCGUGGACAUUCGAUAAAUAAACGCAGUGUGAAAACUGACCUGAAGGAAAGACCGUAUAAUUGUAGUAUCUGUGAUAAAAGAUUUAUUGUAAGUGGUCAUUUAAACACACAUCAAAGAAUUCACACGGGAGAGAAACCUUAUAAAUGCAACACCUGCGAUAAAAGAUUUACUGCAAGUAGUGAUUUAUCCAAACAUAAAAGAAUUCACACGGGAGAGAAACCUUAUAAAUGUAACGUUUGCAAUAAAAGAUUUACUCAAAGUAGUGAUUUAUCCACACAUAAAAGAAUGCAUACGGGAGAGAAACCUUAUAAAUGUAACGUCUGCGAUAAAAGAUUUACUACAAAUGGUAGUUUAUCCAGACAUAAAAUUACUCACACGGGAGAGAAACCUUAUAAAUGUAACGUCUGCGAUAAAAGAUUUACUCAAAAAAGUGUAUUAUCCAUACAUCUAAGAAUUCAUACGGGAGAGAAGCCUUAUAAAUGUAACGUCUGCGAUAAAAGAUUUACUAAAAGUGGUACUUUAUCCAUGCAUCAAAGAAUUCACACGGGAGGGAAACCUUAUAAAUGUAACAUCUGUGAUAAAAGAUUUACUGAAAGUGGCAAUUUGUCCAAACAUCAAAGAAUACACACAGGAGAGAAACCUUAUAAAUGUAACGUCUGCGAUAAAAGAUUUACUCUAUCUAGUAAUUUAUCCAAACAUCAAAGAAUUCACACAGGAGAGAAACCUUAUAAAUGUAACGUCUGCGAUAAAAGAUUUACUCAAAGUGGUUAUUUAUCCAGACAUAAAAGAAUUCACACGGGAGAGAAAUUGUGAUCGACCAAUAAUUUAGUCGUUACCGUACGAUAACCAAUCACCGAAGUAUUGUUAAUACUUCAAUCUCAUGGUGUAUGAUUUCAGAGGGACCAAACUGAAACGCAUCUUAAGCGCAAAAGCGGCCUUAGGGGGCUCCGCGGCGUCGCUUUUGCAGGACUACAUUUAUGUGUCGUGUUGUGCUGUGACUCAUCAGACAGCUAUCUGUUUCAUACAUUAGAAUGAUUACAGUAAGAACGGUGUCAACACAUCACAUAUAGAUAAGACUUUAUUCACACCAACAUGCACACAUACAAAAUUGAAAAGACAAAUUUUACAAUUGGAUAAAUCCUUUAAAACAGGCAACAAAUUAUAUUUAUACAACUAUACAAUGAUAUUUUCGUGUGCAGCGGCGAUGCGAACGGGCGAAAAAUCAGCGAAACAUUUACUCAGAGAGUGAAUCGAUCAUUUUCAUUUGUGAAGAUGAGGUCUCGAAUUUAAAUGUUAGAUUAAAAUUCAAAAUUACAUUGAACGAAAUUAAAAUUAAAUUAAAUACGAGCAAAUUAAAGCGGCAGAGGCAGCCUUAGGGGGUCCCGCGGUCUCGCUUAACAACCCAAAUCCAGUCCAAUCCGAGGUAGGCAAAAGCUGAAUGAAGUUGGAAUGACUACAUAAAUAUGAUUACACUAGAUAAAAGUGAUUUUAAUAAAAAAAAUGCAAGGAGACAGUCGUAACUCAGCAUAGAUCCUGUUGCGUAGACACUUAAUACACAAAACUGCACCAAUUUUGAUGACAUUAUUUAUAGCAUUUGUUCACUCCUAGUAACGAUACACUACCCAAACCCUUAGAUUAAAACAAAAAGGGUAGAUACGGCACUAGCCUCACAAAAGUGAUCCGCAUAAAUUGUGGCCCAAGGCCACAAUCGCUUUAGUCACAACUUGACAUGCAAAUGACGUACAUGUGAACGUCAAAAAGAAAUAUUGCUAAAAUUUUGUGAUUAUAAGAUAAAACAAUGCCUAAGUGUUGUUUUAAAAAGUGCUCAAAUUGCUCUAGUACUAAAAAUAAAACCGACGGCAUCACUUUUCAUUCGUAAGUACUAUAAAAUAUAUUUUUUUCAUAAAAAUGCUGUUUGUUUUGAAUCUUAUUCGGUCUUGCGCUUUUUGAUAGAUGAAUUUAAUUAGAUUGAUUUUAAAAGAGAAACAAAUUGUCUUUAUUUGAAGGAAAAUGAUUUCAAAUUUUAUGUAAAAGUGCUUUAAAUUAAGUAAUUUGUUCCUUUUUUGGUGUGUAAAUACUAUUGUACCAUGAGCAUUGGCAUAACUAAUUAGCAUAAUCUUUUUUAUAAGUAUAUUUCUAAUGCAUAUAUUUUUGUAAAUAUGCUGCUGAACCGACGAAAUUCGUACCGCUAACAGUCCAUGAAUAUAAUUAUCUUCAAAUUUUUAACUUCAUUGAAUUAACGAUUUUACAACCGAAAUAAAACAAAUACAAAAGAAAAUCAAUCAGUUUGGUAUUUAAUGUAAUAGAUGUAGAGAAAAUUAUUGAACAAUGUGUACUUCAAUGGUGUAUUAAAAUCGGGGUUAAUUGAUUGCCAGGUUUUUGGCACAAUAUUCUACACAGUCAUCCCUUAACCUGUCAGUACCUUAAGACUUCUUUCGAUUUAGAAUGGUUCUAUGUUUUGGAAACUAAUACCAAAAGGAUAGAGCGCGUGAAAGUUUGUGAGAGAAGGCUUGUAAAGUCACUUCUAAGUAAAAAUUGUACCAAGACGUGACGUCAUGGGAAAUUUCAUAUCAACAUAUCUCUGUAAUGUUUUAAUUAUGUGAAUAAGAAAUAAAUACUUGUCCAAUACUUUUAUCAAUCUACCUGGCCGACGAAUAAAAAAAGGUUUUGUCAUCAACCCUAUUGCCACACAGUAGGUAGGUACCUAGUAAGAUUCUUACUUCUGUUAUAAAGCCCAAGGCAUAACUUAUUUAUCGAUGAUGAUUAUUGUUUUUGUUAUUUAAUUUUACCUUUAUAUUUUUUUAUUAUUUAAAUGAAUAAUUUAAAGUAUAGUUUAGAUUAGAUUUAUAAAACAAGCAAUUCAUGCUUAGAAGAGAAAUAUAAUAAGUGUUUCGGAUUAGAUUCUUUUAAAUACUGUAGACGAUGAAAAUUUCCAAAUCCAGCAGUACAGGGUAUCUUAAAAAAUUGUUGACGGUAUCGUAUAUAAAACCUACUUUUAGUAGGUACGCUUGUUAACUGAUUUUUUAUCAGGUGAUAUAAUAAUGUGUGUCAAAUCAAAUCAGUUUAUGAUUGGUAUUUAAAUAUAAUAAGUGUAAAGUUUCUAGUAAAAAUUGUAUCUCGAUUAGAUUCUUUUAAACACUGAAUACAAUAAAAAUGACCACAUCCAGCAGUAUAAGAUACCUUAAAAAAAUGUUGACGUUAUCAUGUAAAAAACCUACUUUUAGUAGGUAUACUUGUAAACAGUUUCAUUCCCUCAGCUUUUCAAAGUAGAUUGAAAAUUGCUCAAUGUGGAAUUUUUUUAUUGAAUUUUAAUAAAAAACUUAUAUUUAAUAAAAAAUACUUUUAUUUCUCUGACGCUACUCUGUAGUGACGUCGAGUACUGGUCGCGUGAUUGGUCGGUAGCGCAGUGACGCGGAUCUCGCCGUCCCGUUCGCGCUGCCGUUGAAACUUAUAUUGCUGUUUCGUUCGUUCGAUUGUAUCUUUACAAACAGGUGGAUGUGUGAGUGUUGCAUAUGUAGUAAAAUGGGAUCAGUUUUUGUUUGAUGCAAGCAAGAGCGUACCGUAUCUACCCUUUUUGUUUUAAUCUAAGCCCAAACCCCCAUAUUAAUAAACGCCAAAUAAGCAUUGACUAGUAACGCCGUGUUUUGUUCACAUCACUCAAAUGCCAUUUAUCAUUCAAUGAACAGAGACGAAACAGAGAGAGCAGCAGAGAUGAUUGCUGAUGUAUUUACAAAAUCUCUUAGUACUGUUAAACAUAAGCAGUCUGUCAGUAAAUUAAACUUGUUAGAAUAGAAUAAUUAUGUUCCUAAUUUCCUACAGUUAAAUUCUUUUAUUGUAAACUUGACAUGGAAUCAGUUGUUUGUUUGACAUGCGUUUCUAAAUGUUUAAACACAAAAUGGAAUCUUUAAAAUUUGUGUAAUUUUUUGUGACAUUGUGACUAUUGUGUAGAGUCAGAUGGUAUAUUCUUUUGUGUAAUUUGUAGAAACCAAAGUGUAAGGUUCAGUUUAUUGAAUUAUAAUUUUAAGGGGAAGUGUUGAUGGUUAAAAUUAUCCUUCAUGUAUAGCAACACUAUAUACUACUGGCAACACUGGUGUUCACAUCUCUCGUUACCUUUUUUGCUCUGCCUUUCUGUAUUGUUUUCGCUACUUUGUUUUUACAUCCAUUUAAAUAUAAGAUCAUUUGGGCAUGUAAUUGCCUCAUUUAUUGUGUCUAAUAAAUACAAGUGCAAUACGA